CCUAUCUGGCGCCUUCUGGCCGGGAGCAGUCCAGGUCCAUCUUGGCUCUUCGUCUCUGCCACCGCCGUCGUCGUCGUCAGACGCCAGCACGCUCUUCUUCUCCUUGUUGACGUCGUUCUCAGUAAUGGCGGCGUCGGGAGGCGGAUUGUCGUCGUCCGCCAACGUCGCAGCGGCCUUGUGCGCGCAGACGACCGCCCGAGCUCGCUUCCCGGGCCGGCCGUGUGCAAGCCGCGUCGGCCGGCUGCGGCUCGGCAAGCGAAGCAAACGCGGAAGGCUGAGCUCGGACGACGGCGAGUCGGCCGACGGAGGCCCGAGGCCCGUCAACAUCGGCCUCGCGUUGAGCGACGACCCGGCCUUGCUGCGCCUGCUCGGGGUGGCCGAGAAGCACGGGCGGCGGAGGGAAGCGGGCUUCGACUCGAGCGAGGAGGAGGAAGACUUUGGUGGAUUUGGCGUAACCUCAGCUCGUUCACCGAACAAGGCAAAACUUCACAAAGCUGUGCAGCCUCCCGAAGCUGCGGAGAAACCCCCUGCAACCAAACCUCUCGUUGGGCAAAUAUUACCCAAGACCCCCAAAGCAGCGCUGAUUGGGAGUAUUGUAUCACAGAGAGCCAUAAAAGAAGAAGGAUUAAUUGGGAAGAUUGUUCCGCAGAGCUCCGAAGAUGAAGAAGGGCUUAUUGGGAAGAUUGUACCACAGAGUUCCGAAGAUGAAGAAAGGCUUAUCGGGAAGGUUGUAUCGCGCACCACUAAAAAAGAGUGGGUGGGUGUCAAAGAAGUGCCAAAGGGGACGCUUAAAGGGCAAGGCAGGAAGAUGAAAGGCAUCAGGACAGGUGUCGGGGCAGCACGACAAACUGAGCGAGACCAAACUGUCGAAAACACCUUUCAGGUUGAUGGAGUUGAGGUAGAAAUGUCAGACAACGCUUCGCCGCUGAGGCCCGCCAAGCGUGCCAGGCUGUUGGCGGCAUCCCUUCAGCGCCGCCAAAGGAAAAAGAUGAUGAAGGACGUUGCCGCGUCCCCGGAAAUCGGGGCGGAGGCCGGCGCCCAGAGCGGACCGGAGGCAGCAAUGCCACUGGAGGGGAUGUCGCCGCCGCCGGUGUUGUUGGGGCACCGCCCGUAUGCACGACACUCCCGCAAGUCCUUAUACGGCCACAGGAGGAAGAUGAAAGAUCAAAAGAAGAAGAUGAAAAACACCUUGGCCGCCAACACCGCCAGUCCUAAAAGGAAGCGCAUCAAGCACAUUUUUUACGCCUACGUCACUGAUCCCAGUCCUACUGCUUCGUCAGAACCCGAGCCCGCUCCUCUUACGGAGCAGCAAAACUCCCCGACCGUGACGACUGCACGCUCAUCCCGAGUCAUUAAAACACCAAAGCGUUUUUUGGAUGAGGCGAUGUUGCCCUUUCCAAAAGGCCACUUGUCCUCCUGGCUCAAGAAUCAACCGAAAGAGGAUGAGAAGACCAGCACAUCCUCUCACGAGUCCGUUUACGACACCAAGCUGGACAAGGACGCUAUAUCCGCGACCGACAAGUCGUCGUCUCCAGCGAAGCUCUCGGCGAGACCCGUUCACGCCACCAGUCACCUGGACUUCUACAAGAAACUCAAGAGGCUUACCCUGAAGCUGGCGGAAAAGAAGAGAGGCCAGUACGCCUUGAGGGCAGACGACAAAGACGGCACACGUCCGGACGAUUUAAGCGUGCAUGUCAAGAAGAGGAGGAGGCGGAGGUCCAAACUCACUGUGGAGGAGUUGGACUCGCCCGGUGUGGUGAGGAAGCUCGCCGUGGUCGUCAACAGCGACGCCAAGACGUCCUCACAAACAUCCCCGGAAGAUGCCGACAGGAAUAACGACGCAGGGAGCAGCGAGGCUCGCCCGGCGGGGGCACUGGCGCCUGAGGCAGGCGUGGCCGGAAACCGCGUGGUGGGCCUGAGCGGAGCCAACAAGAGAAUGCUACACCUGCUGAAGAAAGCCAAAGUGCAGCUCAUCAAGAUUGACCAGCAGAAGCAGUUCAAGCUGUUGCAGAUGAGCUCCAGUGAGUCACACAUGGCAGUGAGCGGAAGAAGGAAAAGGAGAGUCAACCUGUCUCCUAAACUGGGAAGUCCUCAGGAGCAGCCUUUGGGUGGUCCCAGGAUCAAGCACGUGUGUCGGGCAGCAGCAGUUGCCCUGGGCCAGCCGCGGGCAAUGGUGCCCGACGACAUUCCGCGGCUCAGUGCCCUGCCGCUGCACGAGAGGGAGGGUAUCACCUUUUCUCCCGCCAUUGAAGAUGUCGCAGAUGAUGAUGAUGAUGAUGAUGAGGACAUCUCUUUUGGAGGCGGGGCUCAGUGGCUUGUCUCCCAGGAACCCCUUCAGGAGCAGCCAAAGCAGUGGCGGCGGCGUGGCCGGCGCCGCGGCCGCAAGUUCAAGAAGCGCAAGAUCCUGAGCCGCUACCUGCCCGGCGGCGUCCGCUCGCGGCGCUGUGGUGCGUGCAAAGGGUGCCUCGUGGACAGUGACUGUGCCAAGUGCGCCCAUUGUCGCGACAAGCCCAAGUAUGGCGGGCCAAAUACGAAGCGACAGUGUUGCAUAUACAGAAGGUGUGAAAGAAUUGAAGCGGCAAAGACGGAGCGCUUUGUAAAACAAUUCAAAGUGCGGGCCAGGAAGUCCAAGGCGGCCGUGUCGAGCAGCGACGAUGGCAACUGGGGCUCCGUGCAGUCGAGGAAGACGUUAGUGCCGACCAAGAUCCGCAAGCAGUCCCUGCGCGACAUCACGCCGCGCUCAUUCAGGAACCUGCUCAAGUCUGAGUCCGAUGAAGAGCUCGAGGAUGAGAUUAUGACGUUCAAGACAGAGAAAGUGACCGUAAAGCAAGAUUUAGGACUUGAACUGUCCCUUUGUGAUGGCCCUCCUCCAGAGGCUGUUAAGCAGCGGCGGCCAUUUUCUAAAGGAAGACCAAGAGCUUACAAGGAAUUGCAGAACACGGAAGAGGCGGCGCCCAGCGAUACGUUCCCCUGUUCCGGCCCACCCGGAACCCCUGUGUCCAAACUGCGGCGGCAGCUCAGAGUACACAUAUACCGCCUCCCUGAUCCUCACCUGCAGCCGCCCCAGCGCCUGGAUCCAAACCUUAAACAGUCAGAACCCGAAUCGAUGCGGCCCCUAACACAGUCUAGUGAGCCGCACGCACUGCAUGCCGUAACGCCCCAGCUCGUAACACGGCCUGCGUCUGAAACGCAGCCCCCUUCACGUGUCCUCGUGUUGCGACUGCACCCCUUGGCUCAGUCUGUGGUGCACGCCGCCGUACAUGGGCGGAAAAGUGAAUCGGCGCCACCCCGAGGGAGUCCAAAGUCCGCGUUGCGCUCAGCUCCAACAGAGUUUGCGACCACGUUACACUUUCAAGGGGACGCACUGUCGCAGAUGCAACCCCUCCACGUUUUGAGUGACAAAGAAUGCACAGAGGACAGAGCAGAUGACGCCCGAGAUGACGCCCAAGACGGACAAGAGGGGACGGUGCUGCAAAGGCCGCCAGGAACUGACCCACACUGUGUCCUUCCUUCCCAGAAUGCCGCCGAGGGCUCGUCGGUCAGCGCACCCGUGGGUUUUCCUAAUGGACUUCCCCAGAAGGGCCCAGUGCUGAACAAGACUAAGAUCCGUGUGGAUUUUAAGGAGGACUGUGCAGUCCAGAACGUGUGGCUAAUGGGUGGCCUCAGCGUCCUCACGUCUGUCCCCACCACGCCUCAGCCCGUCUGUCUGCUGUGUGCCAGCAAAGGACGACACGAGAUGAUCUACUGCCAAAUAUGCUGCGAGCCCUUCCACAGCUUCUGUCUCUCUGCUGAGGAGCGCCCCCUGGGGGAAAACAAGGAGAACUGGUGCUGCCGACGCUGCAAAUUCUGCCACGUGUGUGGGCGCAGGAGCAAAGUGUCUAAGCCUGUGUUGCAGUGUAAGAGGUGUCAAACCUCCUACCAUCCCUCUUGCCUGGGACCAACAUACCCAAAGCCAAUGAACUGCAGCUUACCCUGGCUCUGCAUGACGUGUAUUCGCUGCAAAAGCUGCGGCGUGACGCCCGGAAAGUCGUGGGACGUGGCCUGGAACCACGAAGAGAACUUCUGCCCUGACUGUGCUGUUCUUCACGACAAAGGUCACUUCUGCACAGUUUGCAACAAGUGCUACGAAGAGGACAGCAGCCAGCGGGCGCGCAUGAUUCAGUGUUCCAAAUGUAGCCACUGGGUGCAUCACUGCUGUGAAGGACUAUCAGAGGAGCUGUAUGGGCUGCUGUCAAGCCGACCCCAGGACGCAGUCUUCACCUGUUCCCCCUGCCGUCAGCACGCUGGCGAGAAUGGCAGCCUGAGGGAACGUCUGCAGAGCCAACUGCUCCUUGGCCUGGAUGAGGUGCUCGCCGGCCUCCUCGCCUCCAGCGCCACAUGGCACCUGGCGUUCUGUCAGUCGUGUCAGGAAACAAACAAGACUGAGUUCAUCGGGGAGCAGCCACCAGUGUGUGAUCUACAAGCCAUGGACAGAAAGUUAAAAGGAGGCAAUUACUCAUCCAUUAAAGCAUUCCAUGAAGAUGCAGUCUCUAUAAUGAGGAGGUGGCUCAAGGAGGAAGAGGAUGAAAAGCCAUCCAUUCAGGCCAGGGAACAUUAUGCCAAAUUGAUGGUGCAAGUAUUCAGCUGGCUUCCCGUAUACCACCAAAACAAGUUGAGGUCGUUCUCUGAGGACCUGCCAAGUGGUGUGCUCCCCGAAGCCGUCAUCCCACCCUCUAAGGAGCACAGCUAUGCGCAGUGGACGCAGAGGACAUACCAGCUUAGGGAGAGUAGAGGGACGCAGGCGAGGAAAGCUGACCUGCUACAUUCACAAGGUGUGAUGGAUGCGGAGGCUUCCAAAGAUUGCCGACAGUGUGCUUUGUGCCAGCAAUAUGGUGACUCUGCUCCCAAAGAUGCAGGACGACUGUUGUACUUGGGCCAGAAUGAGUGGGCCCAUAUUAACUGCUGCCUUUGGUCUGCCGAAGUGUAUGAGAACAAGGGCGCCCUCCUCCAAGUACACACUGCAGUCUACCGGGGCCGCCACUUGCGUUGCGACCGUUGCGGGCAGUCGGGCGCCACUGUGGGCUGCUGCCUCUCCACCUGCCAGAGUAACUUCCACUUCAUGUGCGCACGAGCCCAAAACUGCGUGUUCCAGCGGGACCGUAAGGUGUACUGCUUCGAGCACACAGAGCUCGUCAGUGUGGAGACUGUCUCUGGGGAAGGAUUUGAAGUCCCACGGCGAGUCUACGUUGACUUUGAAGGGAUCAAUCUCAAGAGGAAGUUCCUCACGGGCCUCGAGCCUGAAUCAAUUAAUAUGACCAUCGGGUCUCUACAGAUCCAGAAACUCGGUGUGUUGUCAGAACUCUCAUCAAAUGGGAGGAUGUUAUACCCUGUUGGAUACCAGUGUUCUCGAUUAUACUGGAGCACCGUGGAUCCGCGCAGACACUGCAAGUACACCUGUAAAGUGACCGAAGUAAGCACCCCCCUGCCCGGCGAGGAACAGGAGCUCCUCAUGAAGCGCGAUCAAGAGGAAAAUCAAACUAUUGUCCAUAGUCCCAACAGAGAUGUGGAGACUCUGGACAGUUUAAGCACCACAUCCAGCCCCCUUUCCUCUGCUACUCCAUCACCCAACUCAAAACUGCAUCAUUCCCCUGGAUCCAAACACCACCACUACUCGCAGACAAGGAGGCCCGCUGGGGGAUCAUCCCGACCUCUCCCGUCUCCAGGUUUGGUGUCUUCCAAAUCACGUCACAUCUUCACGCUGCGUGACCUGGAGGACACUCACCGCCGUCGAAGGCCGUCGUCCAGGAGCCGCUGCAGCUCCUCCCCGACUGACAGCUCACGCUGCGCUGUCUUCAGCACCCCGCCAAGGUCUUCCAAUUUCGCUCCAUCGUCUCCUCCGCUGUCACGACAAAACUCCCUCUCACCCGGCUGGGGCUCCCCGCCUCGGCCUAUCUCCACUGGGUUUUCGCCUCGCCACGGCUCUCCGAGGGGCAGGCACGCAUUCAAGAUCACCACUCCCGUGUCCACCGAGGUUCCUCAAGAUUUCCUGGCGUCGUCUGAGACGGAGGAUGCCGCUGUGGUGACGACAAACGGGAUCUCACUUCCUCCCGAUAACACAGAUGGCCACUUAGAGCUGCCUUACACAGUGUUUGACAUUGACACCGAGGUAGCUGUGGCCUCCGUUCUCAACGCCAAACUCGAGUUUGACGAGACCCUGCUGACUGAUAACAUGUUGCCGGGUGGCCGACUGGAUGUUGAAAUGCCGGAGGUGGAGUCUGAUGACGAAGACCACGCAGUAAAACUCACGCGCACUGUGGUGUGCGAGGCCACCAGUGGCGCGCAAACCUCAGCCCUGCCCUCCUCGCCGUCCAUCUCUCAGUUGGAUGGCGCUGACGACGGCUCGGAGAGCGACCGGAGUGAGGAGGCCGAUGACACAGGAAGAGCCGACGCUGAAAUUCACGCUGACGUCAACUCGCCCACGAAGCAGCUGACGGUCGCUCUCAAGAGGUUGGAGUCUAUUUAUGAGGCGGAACAAGGUAUGAGCGUGGCGAGCGGCUUCCCGGAAGAUUCGUCUGCCCCUGUUUUCCUUGACGCUUUUGACAUGGUGCAAAGUGAGGAGGUGCUGAUAGACGGUGACACAUCUGCCAAGGACGUGUUUCUAGAAGCCCCUACUGGGAGUUUUGUUGCCACAAAAGACGUCAGUUUGGUGUCGACAAGUAACAAUCGAGCCGAGGACGACAAUGCGUCAUCAGCAGACUCCACUGAAGGCUUCAAAGAUGAUGUCAAUGACCCGGACUAUUCUCCCGAGCUCAAAAGCCCGUUGCCAAUGAAAAGAAUCAUUGUCAAAAAAAUAUGCCACAGUCCCAAAAUGAAGAACUUGUUGCCAAAGCAGAGUGUCCCUCAGCAGCAGCAGAAAGUCAAGGUGUUGCUGCCCCCUCGGUCAGUCCAGGUUUUAAAUGUGGCACCUCUGACCAGCACUCUCCCGCGCACCGUCACCUCGCCCAUUCUUCUCAACGGGAUUAACACUUUAAAUGGCCAACCUGCUGUCGUGCGAGGCAAAACCAUUGCCAUCCGCUUGGACAAGCCCGCAGUGCCACAGCAACCUACUCAACUGGUGGUUCCCAUGCCGGCUGUGGCCGCCAGUGAUUCACCGACCCCGGCCACCAGUGUCGCAGCGACCCCUCCGGUUACCCCCCAGGUACUCCUAGUCAACAGUCAAGGUCAGAUCUUGCUGAAAAAUCCCAAAACCAACACGUACCAGACGCUCAACACAAGCUCUCCCACUUACAGCAAGAUAAGCCAGAUCGCCAAGAUGCUUCACAAGAGUAACAACUUGAAGCGCCCCAUCCCUCGCCUUACAGUCAAAGCUUGCACCAGCGCCGAGCCCAGCAACAUCCCCCAUACCCCAGCGCCCAACAACAAAGUCAUCUACCGUGUGGUGCCCAUCAAGCGCAUGAGCCCCCCGCCCGCAGUAACUGUCCAGCGUAAUCCCUCCUCUGUUUUGUCCGAGGCCGAAACCGCUCAAGCGAUUAUUAACAGAGCCAUGGAAUCCCAACAUGACCCCCCAAGGGCAAAGCCCCUCAUCCUUGGUGGCCAACAGAUGAGUGAAAAGCCUUCAGGACCACCUCAGCAAGCUGCCCACCAGCAGCAAAGUCAAUCUGCUAGUGGAGCCUUGGAACGCCCACGUAUCGUGAUCAGCGUGCAGACUCACAACCAGCAGAUGACACCUGCGCCCCCGCCGCUGCCUCACGUGCGUGUCAGGCUCCCGACCUUCACCCCUCAGAGAAGAAAGAGGAAGAGAGCCAAGAUGGACAUCCUGACAGAUCCCUCCGGUGAUCAUGAAUACCAUCAGGAGUGCAGAACCCAGCGAAGGCCGGGCGUUGCUCCAAGUGCUUCACAUGGUGAGACUGCAUCCCGCAAUCUGAGAUUUGGGGUUGGCCGGCGACAAUUGCUUUCAAGCCAGAGAGGUGUCAAAGUAAAACAGCCUGUGAAAGAUGUUCGUGAUGUGGACAAGGAAAAUUUGAGAAUUGCUGCACCACCGCUGCCAACGUCCCCAAGGACUUCUCAUUCCGAGGUUCCAAGUAGUCAGACUCUCACGCACAAGUGGAUCAGUGCUCGCCAUGGAGACCUAUCCGAAUGGGGCCCGCUUGCAGGUUGUAGUUCCGAUGAUGAGGCCCCUCUGCCCAAGCACAAAAAGAGGAGCUACAUGAACCAGCCUCACCUGCGCUUUGAAAUCACCAGUGACGACGGCUUUAGCGUCAAAGCUAACAGUAUGGAGGUGGCUUGGCGUGCCGUGAUCGACGGCGUCCAGGAGGCACGAGCGGCCUUCCGCCUCAGGCAGCUUCCCUUGGGCUGCAUGAGCGGGCCGCGGGUACUGGGCGUGGUUCACGACGCCGUCAUCUUCUUGUUGGAGCAACUGCACGGCGCUGCCGACUGCAAGAGCCACCGCUUCCGCUUCCACCGUUGUGACGGCGUCGAGGAGGAGCUGCCGCUCAACCCCAGCGGCUGCGCCCGCGGCGAAGUCUACACGCGGAAAGCGACGUUCGACAUGUUCAACUUCCUGGCGUCUCAGCAUCGAGCACUCCCUGACACAGUCUGUCCCUAUGACGACGAGGACGACGAGUUCCCGCUCAAGUCGUCCAGGCGAGCCACCAACAGUGAGCUUCCCAUGGCCAUGAGAUUCCGACACUUGGAGAAAACCUCCAAGGAAGCUGUCGGGGUUUACAGGUCUCUCAUUCACGGCCGAGGGCUUUUCUGUAAGAGGAACAUCGAAGCGGGGGAAAUGGUCAUCGAGUACGCCGGCACCGUCAUCCGCUCGGUGCUGACGGAUAAGCGGGAGAAAUAUUAUGACAGCAAAGGCAUCGGCUGCUACAUGUUCCGCAUCGACGACUUCGACGUGGUGGACGCCACCAUGCAGGGCAACGCGGCGCGCUUCAUCAACCACUCAUGCGAGCCCAACUGCUACUCGCGCGUCAUCAACGUGGACGGCCGCAAGCACAUUGUCAUCUUCGCGCUGCGCAAGAUCUACCGCGGCGAGGAGCUGACGUAUGACUACAAGUUCCCCAUCGAGGACGAUGAGAGCAAGCUGCGCUGCAACUGCGCCGCGCGACGCUGCCGCCGCUUCCUCAACUAGCGGCCUGAGAUAUGGAAUCCUUGAUACAGGACACCUCCAGUGGAUUUAGUAGUACAAAUUGAUCCGUAAAAUAACAUUUUACAACAAGAAAAGUACUCAGGUGUGGUCUGUUGGAUGGAAUCUUGACACAUGAGCCAUAUGUCAAUCACAGACUAUUUAUAUAGUGUGCACUGGGCGUCGUGACUCAUGAUGCGCUUUUACCAUAUUCAACUUCAGUUUUUCACAGUUUUCUCGCAGGGAGAUAUUUAUUUAUCACUUUUGCUAAGGCGGAAUCCUCCCCCCCCCUCCUCCUCUAUUCUAGCAUCCCACAACUUCGUUUAUGUUUGCUUUACUGAGGUGUUGGUGGACUCCACCUCGAAAUAGUUUUAACCGUACUCUUCGGGAAAGCUGCUUUUAUCCCGAAUUCUUGUUCAGUUUGUGUGUUUUAACAAUGAAUACAAUGCUUCUGUGCUGUUCCUUUACAGGUUAUUUUUUUGUAUAUUUGAACAAUAAAUGUAUAUGGAAAUUAACUCAUUUGUGCUUUUACCUUUCCCAGUGAAAGGCGGACUAAAAAUGGGAGUUUGAUUUUUGAGGCUGGGAAAUUUUCCAGCCACAUCAGUGUUUCCAUGUGUUCUACCUCAUGAUGAAACAUUUUGUCUUUCAACAUAACAAGACAUGAUCUAACAAUAAUUACUAACCCUAACUUGAUCGACCCAUAAUUAUUAGUACGACAACCACUAUAUUUCCUGUUGAAAAAAAUCUGUCCGAAUAAUACAUUCUGAUGUUUUUUUUUUACAUUUUUGGGCGGGGUUGGGUGAUGGUGUUUUAGGCUUCGCGCUUUGUACAUAGUUGUAUAAAAGGUCUUUCUAAACCUGUUACAUAUUUUUCUACCUGCGGUUUUUGUUUUAUUUAUGUUCAAUAAACCUUUUACAUGUUCCAAUUCUGCUUUGUGCUCAAGUGUUUUUGCUAUUAUGUUUUACAGAUCUUAUGAGGCAAAAGAGGAAGAGUGAUGAUAAACGUAGAACAGGAAGUGACAAAGGUAGCUUUAUCAAGCAAAGUCUACACAUGUUCUACUUCUAGUGUCAUUCUCUAAUGUAAGUUUUCUUUUGCAUCAUGGUGAGUUGCUUUUUGUGAUUGCUUGAAAAGAAAUAAA